AUGGAUGCAUUAACUGGCUAUGGCUAUCCUAUUCGAUUGGCAAAGUUUGGUGGAACUGAAAAUUCCUUGAGUCUUAUUGGUUUACUGAAAACUUCAAAACUCAUCUACAUUGCUCCAUAUUUAAAAAUUGUGGAUGAGAAUCUGAUAACCUUUACCUUUGACAUAGGAAAAGGAUAUCUUCAGAAUAAGUUUCAGAAGGACUACUUUCUUGACUUUGUUGAAACUUACAUUGUAUACAACGGCCCUGUUCCAGGUGAGGCUAAUGUCUGUCGCUGCAAAUGCAAGUUCACAAGUUAUACUGUCCCAGGUACGAUACCCACAAUUUCAACUCAGACAUCGUCUGACCGUACUCGAACACUUACAAUUACCACCACUGAUUAUAGGUGGACCACAAUUGUUGAUCCAGAUCCGGAUCCAUCAACGUCAGAAAUAGAAUCAACUACCUUAGAUCCAGAUCCAACUACGUCCGAAGAAGGAUCCACUUCGUCAGAACCGGAAUCAACUACUUCCGAACCUGAGUUAACUACUUCAGAGAUUGAAUCGACUGCUUCAGAAGAUAAAUCAACUAGACCAGAACCAGAGACCACUACGUCCGAAGAAGAAUCGACUAUUUCGGAGAUAGAACAGACUUCUUCAGAAGAUGACUCAACUACAUCACAGCCAGAGACGACUACUUCAGAAUCGGAAUCAACUACUUCCGAACCUGAGUUAACUACUUCAGAGAUUGAAUCGACUGCUUCAGAAGAUAAAUCAACUAGACCAGAACCAGAGACCACUACGUCCGAAGAAGAAUCGACUAUUUCGGAGAUAGAACAGACUUCUUCAGAAGAUGACUCAACUACAUCACAGCCAGAGACGACUACUUCAGAAUCGGAAUCAACUACUUCCGAACCUGAGUUAACUACUUCAGAGAUUGAAUCGACUGCUUCAGAAGAUAAAUCAACUAGACCAGAACCAGAGACCACUACGUCCGAAGAAGAAUCGACUAUUUCGGAGAUAGAACAGACUUCUUCAGAAGAUGACUCAACUACAUCACAGCCAGAGACGACUACUUCAGAAUCGGAAUCAACUACUUCCGAACCUGAGUUAACUACUUCAGAGAUUGAAUCGACUGCUUCAGAAAAUGAAUCAACUACAUCACAACCGGAAGCAACGACUUCCGAAUCCAGGUUAACUUCUUCAGAGAUAGAAUCAACUACUUCAGAAACCGAACCAGCCACUUCAGAAAACGAAUCCGCUACUCUGGAUCCAGACUCAACUAUCUCAAAAUCAGAUUCAAAAACUUCAGAAGUAGAAUCCACAAGCACUGAACAAGAUACCACUAGUACCGAACCAGAUUCAAUUAUUUCAGAACCUGUAUUAUCAUCGGAGACAGAAGAAACGAGUUCAGACACAACAACCCACUCAUCAAUGGAUCCUGAUCCUUCCGACUUUACCAACUCAAAAACUGAUUCCGAAUCAAGCACAAUUCUGCAGACGGACUUUUCCUCCUUUACAGAUCCAGGAACAACAGGACUCGAGUCUCGUGAUAGCGAAUCAACAACAAGUCUGAUAUAUUCUACUUCCUCGGACCCAGACCCGGUUGAAUCCGAUUCAUCGUCGAAUCCCGUGUUCACCAGUAGUGAAGGACCAGAAACAGCACCGGACUAUUCAAUACUUAGUGAAACUAGUAACACCACCAUUGAUGAAUCUAGUACCCCGCAAGAAUCAAUCAACAGUUCUAAGCUGGAAUCUAGCACCACAAAUCCUCAUCCUGAACCUAGUACUUCUGAUCACCUGGACUCGCCUCUGACGACAAAUCCUAGUAGUGUUUCGGAAUCUUCAACAAGUACUUCGUCUGUAACAAAAAGUACAAUUCCAGUUACACAAACGAUUACAGAGACCAUUCUUUCCACAACACCUCGUGAAACUACCUCUGAAAAUCCUGUCCCUACUAGUUCCUUUAUUAGUGUAAUAACAACCACGAUUGAUGGGACAUUGACUACCGUCACUGGCACGAUCACAGGGAGAAUUCCUAUCCCAGCAGAAUCGGGUCCUAGUUUGGGAACUACUAUCAUUGAUGGUACACUUACUUCUAUGGCUCUACCUGCUUCCAAGACAGCAGUACAACAUACUCCAUAUCAAACAGUAGUGAGAACGGCAAUUGAUGGUCAGGUAUCAGAUGUGACAAUGACGAUUUUGGGAAGUACAAUACCUAAAACAGACGGGUAUGCAACAAGCUACACACAAGGUGAUACAACAAUUCCCGCUGGCUCACAGAUAACAGUUGAAACACUGGAGGUUACAGUUUUGUCUGUUGAAGGUUCCGGCUCUAAAGUGUUUGGUAGUGCUUGA